CAUAGGGAGGUAGGCCUACGUAUCAUACUGAUGAAACAAGUUAAUAUUAGGAAGAGAGUUUGUAACAUUGGAAUCUUAAAAUGGUUUUGAUAUGUAUAAAACAAGAAAAUUUAUCAAAUAAGCUAAGCUAUGUAGGCAGUUCUAGAAUACCAAAGCCACCAACAGCUAUGUAAAUGAGUUGCCCUCGUAGGCCUAGUGGUAGCCUCCAGGCUAUAACAACAGACUGGGAGAGGAGGACCCCUCACCGGUUUGAGACAACAAAUAUAAAGUUCUGGAGGAAUCAUCCCAACUUUUUGACGGAUGCCUAGUGCAGUUUUCCUGUCCAUGGAACCUAAUCAGUUUGGUUUGCGAAACGAAAAUGGUCGUGAUGAAGAUCGGUUGUGGACAGCCCUCUACGACUAUGAUGCCGCAGGUGAGGACGAACUGUCAUUGCGUCGGGGAGAACAGGUGGAAGUGCUCUCCAAAGAUGCCAAAAUUUCAGGGGACGAGGGAUGGUGGACAGGCAAAAUUGGCGAUAAGGUUGGGAUUUUUCCCAGCAAUUUCGUGACACAGCGUGUUGAAGAUUCUAAGCAACCAUUUGAAAUCAAGUUUUCUGAAUUAGAACUAGAAGAAGUAAUUGGUGUAGGGGGUUUUGGGAAAGUGUACAGAGGAUUUUGGAAAGGGGAAGAGGUUGCAGUGAAAGCUGCUCGCCAAGACCCAGAUGAAGAUAUUAGUGCUACAGCACAAAGUGUGCGACAAGAGGCCAAAAUAUAUUGGCUCCUUAAUCAUCCAAACAUUGUCACAUUGAAAGGUGUAUGUCUUGAGGAGCCAAACUUAUGUUUAGUAAUGGAAUAUUCAAGAGGAGGACCUUUGAACCGUGUACUUAGUGGACGCACAAUUCCUCCAGAUGUGUUAGUUGGUUGGGCAAUACAGAUAGCUCGGGGCAUGAACUACUUACAUUCCGAGGGUCCAAUUUCACUUAUUCAUCGAGAUCUGAAGUCAAGUAAUGUGCUGUUGAGUGAACCAUUGGAUAUUGGUGAUUUAAAGCAAAAAACCUUGAAAAUCACAGACUUUGGACUAGCUAGAGAAUUGUACAAAACCACGAGAAUGUCGGCAGCUGGAACCUAUGCUUGGAUGGCACCAGAAGUCAUCAAGUCUUCAACAUACUCUAAAGCUAGUGAUGUUUGGAGUUAUGGUGUGCUGCUAUGGGAACUGCUAACUGGAGAAACACCCUACAAGGGUUUUGACACCUUUGCUGUUGCCUAUGGUGUGGGUGUUCAAAAACUGACCUUACCAAUUCCUUCUACUUGUCCUUCUCCUUUUUCAAGAAUCUUGAAAGAAUGCUGGAAUACUGAUCCUCACAGCCGGCCAACUUUUGUCAACCUCCUUACUGACUUAGAAAUCAUUGCUCACUCACCCUUCAUGAGCACACCUCAGGAAUCAUUCCACACCUUACAGGAGGACUGGAAACAUGAAAUUGGUGAAAUGUUCCAUGAACUGAGAUGUCGUGAUAAGGAACUACGUUGCAGAGAAGAAGAACUAAGUAAAGCCAUCAUCCAACAAAAGAUCCAGGAAGAAAUGUUGAAGAAACGGGAACAGGAACUUGCUGAAAGAGAGUUUUAUGUUUUGGAAAGAGAGCUUAAUAUCAUCUUCAUUCAACAACAGCAGGGGAGACCGACUCCUAAAAAAAGGAAAGGAAAGUUUAAGAAGAAUCGUCUCAAAUUGUUGAAGCAUGGAGGCCAGCAAAUUAGCAUGCCUUCAGACUUCCGACACAACAUUACAGUUCAACCCAGUCCUACAAUUCGGCCAGACCUGAAGGCUCUACGUAUGCCCUCUAGUCCAGAAAGUCCUCCAGCAUCCCCUAAUCAUCCACGGUUACGAGCAUAUGCUUUGCCAGCUGAUGGUGUUAAGGGCAAAACCUGGGGACCCAGUACCGUCCACCAAAAAGAGCGCGGGUAUUCUAGACAAAGACUGCUAAUAGAUGAAAAUAAACGCUGGUCAAAGAGUGCUCCAAAUCUUGAAAAGACUCAGCGGGGGUCUUUUCCAGUAGGUGGAGUGUCUAAUAUUGGAGCUCUCCAUGAAAUUGGGGCAGAAGAAGAAAUACUUGAUGAUAUGGGAUCUCCUCGGCAUUACGGGUCUUAUAAUGGAACUGUAGCUGGUGACUCUGGUAGUUUAAAAAGAUCUGGUUCUAAGCUGCUUGAUUCUAUGAUAUGUAACCUUGGUGCCAUGCUGGCUGGGGUGGGUGCAGGGUUUGACAUACGUGUGGUGAACCAGUCCCACCUCCAUCCAAGAUUAACACCCUCAAGGACAGAGGAGGAAGAGGACGAACGUCGAUGGUGGUACAGAGAACCUAGCAUCUCGUAUUGUCUUGGACCAGAAUAUGAGUUUUCAUCUGCUUCUGGUUAUGCUCAUAAUACUUACCAUGGUCAUUCCCGACACUAUAGACCCAGCAUUAGCUUCGAAGUUGGCGGAACACCUCUACGAUUUACAGAUUCUCCACAGCACAAUCCAAGUAUUGGAUCCGGUGGAUCAUACACCCCACAAGUACAGAGUCCACGUAGAAAAUCCUCCAGUGCCAGUAAUGACAGUGAGCAUGCCUUUACCAGUUCCAGCUCAGGCAUAGGUCCUUCGCCCAUGGGUAUGCCACCUCCCAUGGGAGAGAGGUACUUGGACUAUAAUCGUCAGGACAGCUAUCAAGCUCUCCACAGCCAUUACACUGAAUAUGGUCCACCUUACCACUACUACCCAGAAUAUCGAGGUCCAAAUGUGGAGUCCACCUACUACAUUGAAAGGUUCUAUCAAGAUCCUUCAAGACCUGAAGUUUAUCAUGUUGAGAGAAUUUAUCCUGAGUUUAUGCGUCAUCAAGAAGGCUACCACGUGUAUGAAAAUCCCACCUCGUCGAUUCCCUCAGGAAAUAUUCCAUCUGUAACCUCAGCUCAACCUUGGACCCCUCAGAGAAUGGCUUAUGGACAUCAUCGUACUCCAUCCAAUGUAUCUAAUGCUUCAAAUACGUCAUCAUCUAACAUCAAUCCUUCUUUUCACAUGGAUGACCAUGAACACAAUAUACCUCGGCCACCAACGCCACCUCCUCCUCCAUCACACACUAUGGGAUAUCAUUAUCCCCCACCACCUCCCCACUUAGGAACUCCAAGACGUCAAACCAGCCUCGAUUCCUUCCCUGAUCGACCUCUUACUCUAGACAUUCCAGGAAGGUAUCGGCCAGCUCCCAUUUCUAAACUAAAAACUAACAUAGGACGAACCUCACCACAUGGGUGGGCCCCUUCUUCCAGUGGAGGUGGGACUCCCACCAAUUCUAACCCUCCUGAUUCUAGCACAUGGUCAACCUCUGAGGAGAGUUCUAGUAUUUCCCGUGUUCGGUUUCAAAUGGGAAGCAGCCAAGAAGAACCUACACGAAUUAGUAGAGCAAUAGGAACUUCUGGAGAUGAGAAGACUCUACUUGACCUGCCGGCAGAGGGUCAAUCUCAGGAUGGAACCAUUCCACUUACUGCCAUGAUGCAAAUUUCUAACUUUAGAAACCAGAGACUGGCUUUUCAAGAUAGAGAAAAAGACUUUCUGUCAUAGUGUAAAGUUCCAGAGUGGCACGCAUGAAGUGACCUGAACACUAUCAGACUUUCUGACAAUGUGCCGAAUUAGUGAUGAUACUUAACCAUACUGUAUUUAACCAUUGUGUCACUUACAACAUUCCAUCAUUAGUACUUGUAAUUAGCCUUAAUGAAGUUCGCUGCUUUCAGCUACUUAUCAUGGGUUGAUUUGAGAAGUGUGACAUGUGGUGUUCCUCUUUUUCAGGUUGUGAACUACUAGUAGGAUCAUUUUUCUCUCUCUAUAUGUAAUUGUAAAAUAUAGGUUUGAACUUCCAGCCCUGUAUCUCUUUGAUACAAGCUAAUGAGAGCACUGAAAAGGUCUUAAGUAAAUUUGAUGUCUUUAUAACUUUUCACUUAUUGAAAUGAAUGUAAAAAUCAAGCCAUUCACUUUUUUUUUCUCCCGUUCCCUCUCAAAAAUCAUUGUAUAGGAAUUUUUGAAUUCUAUUAGUUCUCUGUAUAGAAUGAGACUACUUCAGUUAUUGUCUGGGUUUAUAUGUUUAUAAUUCGUAUGUAAAUCAAUUUUAAUUAACUUAGAAGCUUUAUGGAUACUUUUAUUUCUUUAAUAAUUAAGUGCGAAAAAAAAAGGAUAUUUCUUUUAGUGGAUUUUCUGGUUGAAUCAGUGAGGGAAGAUGCUUCAUUCCAUGUAAGUUGCAGAAUAGUUCUCAAUCUGCCAGGUCACACUUUUAUACAGUAGGUCAGGUGCCAUAAGGUAUUGGUACAUGAUACAUAUAAACACCAUAACACCCAAUUUUAAUUGAAACCACAAACACCUUUACUAACUUUGUGUAGUUCAGCACCGUAAAAAAGACUUAUGACUAAUAAACUGCUAACUACGUAUUUGUAACCUUUCUUCUCUUGUAUCUUGAGCUCUAGUCUUUGUUUAUCAGGUGAACAUUAGCCUUAGAGGGUAUGCACCUUCAAUAUACCCCUUACGUAGUGAUCAAUCUGUAGCCUUCAAUAUGCCCCAUAAGUAAUGACAAAUCUGUAGCCUUCAAUAUGCCCCAUAAGUAAUGAGAAACCUGUAGCCUUCAAUAUGCCCCAUAACUAAUGAGAAACCUGUAGCCGUCAAUAUGCCCCAUAAGUAACAAGAAACCUGUAGCCGUCAAUAUGCUCCAUAAGUAAUGACAUCUACAACCUUCAAUAUGCCCCAUAAGUAAUGACAUCUACAACCUUCAAUAUGCCCCAUAAGUAAUGAGAAACCUGUAGCCUUCAAUAUGCCCCAUAAGUAAUGAGAAACCUGUAGCCAUCAAUAUGCUCCAUAAGUAAUGACAAAUCUAUAACCUUCAAUAUGCCCCAUAAGUAAUGAGAAACUUGUAGCCGUCAAUAUGCCCCAUAAGUAAUGACAUCUACAACCUUCAAUAUGCCCCAUAAGUAAUGAGAAACCUGUAGCCGUCAAUAUGUUCCAUAAGUAAUGACAAAUCUACAGUGUUUAAUAUGCUCCAUAAGUAAUGAGAAAGCUGUAGCCUUCAAUAUGCUCCAUAAGUAAUGACAGAUCUGCAGCCUUCAAUAUGCCCUGUAAAUAAUGACAAAUCUCUGUAAAUUGUGUUUGAAAUUUACUUUACUUUUCAAAGUACUUUGGAACUAUUUGAAAAUAAAAUACUUAUUCUAUAGAGUAUAAACUGUUAGUCAGCCAUAAAACAGUGUUCCCAAGUGUAGUUUAUCAGCUGAUAACUCCAUCCGGGUUUUGCCUACAGUAAUAAAAAACUACUUUUUUCUUUUGUUUCGUACUCUACUCAGUCAAGUUAAGUAUUAUUGAUUGUUAUAAUUCUUAAAAAUGAAGUAAAGUAGUGUUCUUUCUCGUACUCAGUUUCAAGGUUUUGUAGAUCAGUCAUUAUCUGGGACAAGCAUGAUUUCAUUAAAGGUCAUUGUUUAUCAUUAAAAUAACAUAGAGUAUCUGCAGUUUAAAAAACACAGAGCUACUUUAGUUUAACCAGCCAGACAUGAUGAGGGUAUGGUUGGUGUCAAGAAUGAACUAGCCAGUUAAAUUUUUUUUUAGUACUCAGGUUAACAUUUCAAGUGAUUUUUUUUAAAAGUUUCUUAUGUUAAAAUUCUAAUUUCCUCUUAUAGUAUUUGAUAAAGUUAAAUAACCAGUGUUACAAAUAUUGAUCAUCUAAUUUCCAUUUCAUACUGUGCAUAACCCUAAGGCUACCUUGUUUACAUUCUCUCUGCAGAUUCUGUGUAAUAUGUUUAGAUUUAACAGUAUGAAUUAAUCCAGGAAGGCCUACCCUGCAUUUUUAAUAGAUAUUGUUGUCAACAGCCAAGAUUCAGACUUUCUUUGUGCAAAAUAAAGUCCUUAUAUAUUAGUUUAAGUAGCAUUAACUGAUCUAAGAGAAUUUUCUCCUCAUUUUAUAAUUGGUUCUAUGGUCAUUGACAGUGACUCAGCACUUCUGUCUUGUAAAAUAAGGAGCUUGCGUAUUAAUUUCAACAAUGCAAGCUGUUUCUAAGAGAGCCCAAACCUCAUUGUUAGUUUACACUAUUGUUGCCAACUAGAACUUAGCCUUUCUGUUGCACGAAACGUGGAACUUCUUACCUUAAACUUAUCAGACACUGAGUAAAGAAGCUACCCUCUUAAAGAUCAAACAGAUGAAGAAUCUCAAUACAAUAUGGGUGUGACAUAACUUGUCACUAUAUUAUUUUUGUGUGUGAUGUUUAGUUUUCAAAGUAUUAAGCACUUUUGCAGCUAGAGAAAAUGAUGAGCAAUACAGGACAUGCUACUUCACUUGUUUGUUUUUUUAACUCUGUCAACCGUUGCAUAUGAAGUUAUUUUUCUUGUGGUUACUUGCUAAGUCUGUUAAUGAAAUCCCUAGUUUAGUUAUCAACAAAUAACCUAAAAAAAUCAAAAGCAUUUUUGUGAAUAACUAAUUUAUGUUUGAGUUCUAUAUUUGUAUAUGUUUGAUUUAAUCUAUUGGGACCAUGUGUCUUAGUUUGACCAGUUAUAUAUAUAAAUAGAAAGUUUGUGUAGAUGUAUGAUCUUUCUUAACAGUUUCAGAGACAGCACUCUCAGGGCUUACGUUAGCUAGAAAUAUCAGUCAAUGAAUUACAGUGUUUUGUACAUGAAACACUUAUGGUCUGCUAUUUGAAACAGAAAAUAAGUAUAUUGCCCAGAGAAUUAUGAAAAUAAGAGAGUUCUAACAGUUAUAUAGGUAAGUUAUGCCUUCUGUCACAAAUCACAUUUUAUUAUUUCAAAAUUAUUACAAUGUACUUGUAGUUUGGUAGAUUUAUGAAACUGUAAAAAUUCAGACUGAGGUCUUAAUUUAGACUACUUUAUUAACAAAUUAUAGAGAAGAUAAAGAAUCCCUAUUGAUUUAUUUCUUAUUCUAGGUAAGGGUUUGGUUUAAACUCUUCUUCAGACUAGGAACAUUUGACUGUAUAAGAUAUUUCUAGAAGAUGUAGUAUAGGGGAAAUUUCCCCACCGGCCAUAGAAAAUGAUCCUUAGUCAUAGUGUUCAUUGGAACAGAAAUGAGGUAAAGAAAAACAAAACGUUUGUAAGCACCAGUAAUACUUGUACUUGUGUUCCUCAUUUGUUGGUUGUCAGAAGUAAUAUUUAAAGUAAACAAAAUGUUGUGAGAAGGAAAUGAUAUAUUGAUGUAAAUAGUUAGUUCUUCAUCAUCGGCAACAACACAACAGUAAGACAUAUUUAUUGAUCCAAGAAGUAGGAAUCUAAAAUGGAUUGAAUGAUUUUUUUUUUCUUUUUGCAAUCAUGUGUUUCUCUUCCACCAGCUACGUUUGAUGGUCCGCAAAUACUAAAUGCUGUAAUUUGCUGUCAGUAAGCCUUCUGCAUAUUGGAUCUCCUACUGUAUGUGAUAGUCUGAGAAAAGAUAAGCAUUUAUAAAGACAGAGAAGUCAUUAAUAAAAUUUACAUAGAUAGUAUAACUUCAUGAUUAUUAUAUAGUAAUAAUAGCACAGACACUUUGAUUAGAAUUUUUUUUUUAAAUAAGAUACAGUGUUUGGAAUCUGGAGACAUUUUUCAUACUUCAGAAAACAAGUAGAAAAGAUAAAUAAAACUAGAAAUUUUAAGCAUAGAAACAGACACAAAGAUUUAACAUGAGAAGAUACGCAGUGAUGAAUUUUGUGCUGUUUUACACUAGAAGUUACAGAGGAUAGGAAAUUAAUAAAUCUCAGUAAUUCAGUCUUUAUUAAAAAAUUAUGAUUUGAUUAUAAUUUAAAAAUCCAUUUCUUUAUUUUCCUAAAAAGCUGUUGAUUAGAGCAUCAGAAUAGAACUUGUAGUAUGAUGAAAAUUUUUUUUUUAUGCUCAGUUUAGAAUUUGUGUUGCUAAGUGUUACAUAACUAAUAGUGAUAAUUAAGGACUUAUGUUGCUAGGUUUUUACCUAUCCUGUACUGAUAAUUGAGGACUUGUGUUGCUCGGUUUUACCUAUUCUGUACUGAUAAUUGAGGACUUGUGUUGCUAGGUUUCACUAAGUAAAAUUGAUAACUAAGGAUUUAUAUUAUUGUGAGUUACUUAACUUGUGUUUUUACUGAAAACAUGAAUUUUUGGGAACUAUCUGACCAAAUUUGAUGUUGAGGACUUGCCUUGCUGGGUGUUAUUUAACGGGAGUGAAUAGCUAGGUACAUGCAGUUGGUGUUACCUAAAUGGUGUUUAACAGCAUCUUUUAAUUAAGAGAGUCAUGUCAACAGUUGUGAUCAGAACUUUAUAGUUGCAGUCUAUUCAAGUGAAACAUUGUGUCUGACCUUGACUCUUGUCAUUGUAACAACAAAAAAACUAUGCAUUCAUAAAUCUGCUGUUGUCAUUGAUUGAUUCACUUUUUAUUUUUGUGCUGUGUCUUCCACACUAACAAUUAACCUCUCUACUUAACCUCACCUUAAUGUUGACUUCGAAUUCAAGUCGAUCUGUACAGUAUCCUGCCUUGAAGUACAUUAAAUUGUUAUUUACAGCCUGAAA